AUGCCUUCAUCAAUCAACGACGUCUGCAGGAAUGUCGCCAUGGUUAGCUGUCCAAUGCUCGGCAGCGACGAGGGUAUCGAGCCUAUCUGCUACGCCCGCAACGUCGUUAUCGGUGGCACGCUCAUCUUCCAACCAGCGACAUGCUUCAUUCAUAUAGUGGCAAUAUUUAUGACUGCCAUUAUGCUCUAUCACAUACGCACAAAGUAUACCGCAAUUGGUCGCAAGGAAAUAACUCUUUUUUUCUAUCUUUACGGCGUUUGUGAACUUAUCGCUCUCUUUCUCGAUAGCUCGAUUAUACCAACAUACCACGAAGCUUAUCCGUGGUUCACUGCUAUAUAUAUGGGACUGACGACAGCCAUGUUCUGGUGUCUGCUCGUUAACGGCUUUAUUGGAUUUCAGGUGGUUGAAGAUGGGACGGCGUUGAGCGUAUGGUCACUGCGCGUGUCUUCAUUUGUCUUAGGCGCACUCUCUUUCUUUGUUCACAUCGCUACGUUCAAAUCUGUACCUGGAUUCGAUCGCAGCAAUCCUAUCGCAAUUUCCGUCUUCACAUUUAUCCUGCAUAUCAUCUGCGUAGGAAUUUAUGUUAUCACUCAGCUCAUACUGGUCAUACGGACACUGGAUGACAGAUGGCCAAUCACUAAUAUCGUAUUCGGCGUUGGCUUUUUCGUUAUUGGUACAGUCGUCACCUUUGGGUUUAGCGUAAAGGUUUGUAAUGCCGUCGAUCAUUAUAUCGAUGGACUAUUUUUCGAGACACUUUGCUACCUGCUCAGUGUUAUGAUGGUGUACAAAUACUAUGAUGCCAUUACAAGAGAAGAUCUUGAAUUCAGUGUGGGUUCUAAAGGGACGGUAUGGGAAGUGAAGGAUACGAACGCGGUACAGGAUACACAACAAAGUGAUACAAAAUAUCCACCAACAACCAACAACUAA